GCGACAAAAAUAAAUAAACAAUUCAACAGAAAACACUACGGGACAGACUGCACACAAAACAGCUAUAUUUCUUAAACUUUUAUUAAAACCUCUUAAAUUUAGACAAUAACAUAUCAGAAGUUAACUAAUUAUAUUAUAAUGUCGAGUAGCAGUGCUCAAGGCGCUGCGCCGCCAAGUGGAGUUGUCCAAAGCAGUGCAUUAUCAUUUGUUGCGACUGCGCAGCCUACGGCAACAGCUGACAAUGUCCCAGGGAACUCGCAGGAAAUGGAUAGGGAGGAGAUGGGGCAGGCAGAUCCUUUAGUUCCAGCGGGAGUUGCAGCAUUGUGUGAGGCAUGUUCGAGACUGUAUCCAGACCAGCCUAACCCACUGCAAGUUACCACUAGGCUGAAAUAUUGGUUAGGUGGUCACGACCCCCUGGACUACAUCAGCAUGUAUUGGAACCCUGGGAAGCCGGAGGAACACAUUCUGCCGCACUGGCAUUAUGUCAGCUUCGGUCUCUCCGACCUACACGGCGACGGGCGCGUACACCCACGCGCCACCUCCCGCGACCUGCCCUCGGGCUACGGCUUCGAGCUGACGAUGAGACUGUCAGCUGAAGCCGCCGCGCAGCCGCCGCUGUGGCCCGCCGCGCUGCUGCAGGCGCUAGCUAGAUAUGUGUUUACUACAGGUAACAAGUUGUGUGCGGGUGACCACAUAUCCUGGCACCGCGCCCUGGACGGCGCCGCCCGCGCCAGGCUGCGGCACCUGCUGGUGGCCGCCGAGCCACAGCUAGCGCCCGCGCGGGGACCCUACGGGACUGUCACGUUUCUACAGGUGGUGGGUUGCACCGGCAGAGAAUUGAAGGCAGCGCAGCGCGGGUCCGGGUUCGAAGUUUUAAAACUAAUCGGUGAAGAUCCCAAUUGCGGCGGGUCGUGGCUGGUGACGCGCGUGGCGCGCCGCUCGUCAGCGCGCGGCGUGCGCGUGCGUGCGGCCGCCGCGCCCGCCGCGCCCGCCGCGCCCGCGCCGCUCGCGGGAGUGUCCGCCAGGCUGCGCUGGCAGGCCUGGGCGCCGCCAGUGUCGGAGGAGCAGCCGUCGUCUCCCUCACACCUCCCCGCGUCUGUCGAGCAGCAGAUCAAAGAGACGUUACAAAGAGGCCUUACUUCUAUGACUGAUAGGAGUGGUCCCGAAGGGCACAUGUCAACAGAUAGCUUUGAAAUGUCAAGCAUGGAACGAGCUCUGCCACAGAUACCGGAAUUAAUGCAGGGUUCGUGGCGUGGUGAGAGCGACGUAGAAUAUCUAGAAGGCGUCCACAUUGUGCUGAACGCUGAAGGCGCGAGCUUACUGCCGCUGGCUAUCAACGGGCGCGUGUCGCAGGGCAGCCACUUCACGUGGCGCGGCUGCGGCUGCGCGCUGACGCUGCUGCCGGCCGCGCUGCCGGGCGCCGCCGCCUCGCCCGCGCGGCCCUACGCGGCCCUGCAGUCCUGGCUACAGGUAGUUAUACCGAAGGAUUUAGCCGAGGACAUGUCCAAACAGGUCUCACGUUUCACGAAGCUGGCGGAUUCCGACUCGGAACCAGACAGCGACGACGAGACACAAGCUACGGAACCACCCAGCUUGCCUAUCACUCUGACUUGGCCUAAACAUAAGCUAAAAAUAACUGUCGUUCAUGAUAAUGAGAUAUUAUAAGCAGAAGCUUCAAAGUUAAAUUGUUGCCUCACGGUGGGGCGCCAUUAACGAAGCUGUUAAUAACACCACACCAGCCUGUAACUGUCCCACUGCAGGCCUCUCAU